AUGAAAAAUGCUUUCAAAGAAGGACGAGUACUACGAUAUUGUUUCCUUGAAGACUCUGGAUCUGCUAAUGGGAACGAUAUCAUCACGCACAUUAGAAAUCCAUCGGCCAAGCAGGAAGUGUCCUAUAACAGAUGGCACAAAAAGAUGCGAGUUGCCGUAGAAUGUGCCUUCGGAAGGUGGAAACAAAAGUUCGCCAUACUGAAUGAGAAGAUCCGCGUGACACCUAAACGUGCAGCUAAAGUCAUCAUAGCAUGCGCAGUUCUCCACAAUAUGAUGAUGGAUAUGGGCUGCCUGUGUCAAAGGGAACUUUGA